UGCGGGUGUGGUAAUUAGCCGCUAGUUCCUGAUAAGGCUAAGCGCAAUCUAGCUCACAAACAAUCGGCGCGACCGACAUCAUCCCGGUCGAACACCUCACCCACGCCCGACUUGCUAAGUUGCUGUCAAGCUCACCUCUUCGCUUCCUACCUUCAAUCGACCACCAUGGCGCUUACGGUAGACCAGAAGCUCCUCAAGCGGACCAAGUUCCCGCCUGAGUUUGACGAGAAGGUGGACAUGCGCAAGGUCAAUCUCGAUGUCAUGAAGAAAUGGAUUGGCGGUAAGAUUCAGGACAUCCUCAAACAGGAAGACGAGGUCUUGGUCGAGCUUGUUUGUAACCUGUUGGAUCCAACUAAAACGCCAUCACCAUUCCCAAAAAUCAAAGAAAUACAGAUCCAGCUCACUGGUUUCUUGGAUCGUGAAGUCGCAACAUUCUGCAAAGAGCUGUGGCAGAUGUGCAUAAGUGCGCAAAGCAGUCCCCAGGGCGUCCCGAAAGAGCUACUUGAAGCGAAGAAACUAGAAAUGAUUCAGGAAAAAGUAUUAGCCUCCAUACAUUGUAGAGAGCCGUGUUGAGUUUCACUGCAGAUCCGCCAAGAGAAAGUCGCAGAAGAGACGCGGAAGCGUAGAGAGGACGAUCGCAAUCGCGAGCGAGACCUGGAUUCCGUUAGGCAAAGAGAACGCGGCGAGCG